CAUGACCCAUCGGAUCGACCAGGGAGACGUGUAGGUCUUUGUAUGGUCAGUCGGCAUUGGGUUUCGCCCUGUCGAAAACGUGCCCAUUUGAGGCGUCAACCAUGGCAGUCCAAACCAUCUCCCAAUCGCAGAUAUAGGAGCCUUCUGCUCCUUAUGCUUGGUUUCGUUAUCAUCAAUCUUCAUGCUUUCCUCCGUAGUCAUUUUUUUGGUUCAAGCCAUUUUGGCUCAAACAUUGCUGUCCCAAGCCGCUUUGACCCGACGCCUAACAAUUGUGAUUAAGUUAGUGCGCAUUCGAUAAAAGUAAAGCGUGGAGUCAGGGCGCCGCUUUCAAGCCGAGUCUAACAGACCGUGCCUUCACCAUUCGUUUUUUAGACAUGCAUGGAUGUCGUGUGACCAAUGGGUGUCUGGUGCAAUCGCAAGCAGAUCAUUGUUUCACCCUAGUCACACCAGUUGUGCUACCAUGGCCACGUUUGCGAGAGCCUCACAUCGUACUGCCACUCUAUGCGCCACAAACUCUCGUCCCGCUAGCACAGACUCUGAUUGGCUCCUCUUCCAGCAACUUCAUGUUUUGUCCCGCCGUCCCAGUCGUUGGCUUUACAGUGCUGUUGUUCGCAGCCUUUGCGCGACGGACUUUAUUACGCACAGGUGGUCAUGCUGUGGCACUGGAUGGUUCAUCCUAUAGGCUACGGGCGCCAGCAAUCGCAAACAAUUGCAUAUCUCAUUGCUUGCCACAGCGCCAUGACGAGUUCCCUGCUCGAAAUCAGGAUAACGAAACAAGUGAUGCUCCUUCUGCGAAGCUCAUGCGGACGCCAUCGAGCUCGGAAGGCGCGCCGUACUCAACUGAGGUUGCCGUUCGAGCUGCGGAUGGCCUUUUCGACAGCGCUGCGGGAGUCCGACUGCUGUCAAACAACAUUGAGCCCAUGCGUCGCAGAGCCUUGCUGGCUGCUGUGGGCGCUGCUGGCGGCCUCCCGGACGCAGCUGGAGCCAAAGCCGAUGAGCCUGGCGCGGGGUGGCUAUUUCGCUUAUACUCGACCGACGAACUUGGCAAAGAUCAGUUGAAGCAGCGUCUUUUGUCCGAUGAGCUGGAGAAGUUUCCAACUAACUACGUCGAUUUUUUCGGCCCAUCGGACGUGAUCUAUCCCGAUUGGGUCGAGGGCCGUUGGCAGAUACAGCAGACGCUUGCAAAGUAUAGUGCGCCCCUCGGGAAGAAGUUCCUAGGGGCGACGGCGGACAAGACCCUCGCAGAGAAGCAGCAGCAGCUCUGCAAACCUGUGACCUUCGAGCUCAGGUACGUGAGGACUGCUCGGGGCGACCUCGUGGAGGAUCGUGCCUUCAACCUAAAGUCUAGGCUGAACGCCCUUGCGGGCAAACAAGUUGUAAAGGAGGUCACCUACGCAGAGAUUCCGAGCUACGGCCCGACUAAGCAGUCGGAUGGCUCAGAUGAUCCUCAGCUUGCUGCGGUCGUCCAAUUCGAGGGCGGUAUCUCACAGAAGCAGUUCAUCACGCGCUUCGUGACAGAGCGGGGGGACGAGGGAAAUGUCUUCCGUGCACUUGUAAGCCAGCGCGUUAUUUUUGCCACAGGAUCUGGUACUGUAGUGUCGGCGGACGAGGAGGCUAUAACUUCGCUUCGCCGAAAGCCUGACGGUAGCAUAGUCGGCCGCUUGAGAUCAGUUGGGUACUUGAACCCUAAGGACGAGCUUUAUUUCGAUGCAGCCAACAGGGCAGUGGCAAUCGCGGAUUAUAGCAUGAAGCUUACGGCGAUUGUUGAUGCGGAUGGGGGGUCGGCCGAUACCAUGGUGCGAGGUGGCUAAGAGAGUGGCCGGAUUCACAUCGGGAGCGCCCUCGGAAAUAACAUUUCUCGGGUAUACAUUAAUCGCUUCGCUUGCAUGCGCUAUGUACCGUUCCUUAUAUGUUGUUUAUUAUUUAUCGUUCCUGAUGCGUUAUUUCUAACGCAAAAAACGGGCAUCGUUCCUCAUUUCUCGUUUCUUAGGCCAGAUGAUUGUAUAAUAUUGUUCGUUUGUUUAUGGAGAUCUCAGCACGCCUCUGGCCUGGAGGACCGGCGAUCGAGUCUUGACCGCAUCAAGACGACGAAGCGGACAUCCACCUGCAUGCUGCUCUCCA